AUGUUUGGAAUAAUCCUGGCCGCUACAUCCGAACGCAAGCAGAUCACGAAACUAGCAUUUGCAUCCAAGAUGAGGUUGAUAGCCAGUAUCCCGGUCACUAUUUUCACCUGGGUUUGGAAGGGGCCUAUGGAAAUCUCCUUGACUACAGGAAAGGUCCCUCGAGAACUUUCGCUCUUGUCCCACUUGGAGGCAUUACACAUCGUCAGCAAUCGUAAUGUAACUGCUACGUUGGAAGACAUGAUCCCAGUUGAGCUCCAGAAAGAUGUCAAUUUAAAGAGUCUGCAGUUUUGGGGCAAUGAUCUGAUUUCAGGUGCCAUUCCUGACCAUGUGUGGAAGAUGUCUCACUUGCAAGUGUUCAACAUUGGAGGAAACAUCGUUGAGGGAAAGCUUGAUCCGGCAGUUGGCAACUUGGUGAAUCUAACCAAAUUGGAAGUGGGUUCCAACAAGAUGACUGGCACGCUGCCAUCAGAAUUAGGAGCACUUUCUGCCUUGACCACUCUGAUUGUUGACUACAACCUUUUCUCUUUGGCCCUUCCCCACAGAAGUUUGGCAAAUGACCAAAUUGGAGGAACUUUCGGUUGA